AUAUAUAAGUUUGAAAUAAUUAUAAAAGAAUGAGUACUAAUAAUUCUUAACUGCACUAUAAUAUUUUAACACGACUAUUGCCUAGCACAUGACUCCGUCGUGUGCUGAACAGUAAUCAGUCGUCUUCUAAUUUUUCCAUACCCGCAUUUUUUUCAUUUUUCCUGCUUCAGGUCUCACGCACAAAUAACCAAAUAAAUAUUUGUUGAAUACUUAUCAGAAGAUGGAAUUUAUUUCACAUAUUUUCAUAAUUCAAUUAUCAUUUACAAUGAUAACUGUAAUAAAUUCGCAUGUGAUAUCCGAUUCUCUUUUAAGAGAUGAUGUGCAUGAUAAAAUAAAAUCAUUCGAAUUUAUCGAACUAUUCAAUAGAACACGGAGAACAGUUGUGACAACUAAUAAAGAUCAUCUUUGGGAUGGAGCUAUCAUUCCUUAUGAAAUUGAGGAUGUUUUUACUGGAUUGCAACAUAGAUUGAUAAAACAAGCAAUGCGUAUAUGGGAGGAGUCAACCUGCAUCACAUUUGUUGAAAGAAUCCCGAAUAUUCAUUCCAAAUAUAUCACGAUCACUAAAUUAUACUGCGGAUGUUGUUUCAUGUUGGAACCAUCAUUAAGAAGUGGUGGAUUUUUGAGUUUGAUAAAUGGUUGUGAUAAACUGCCGAUUGUUCUACAUGAAUUGGGACAUGUAAUUGGUUUUGAACAUGAGCAUAAUCGUCCAGACCGUGAUUAUUAUCUUGAAAUAAUUUAUGAAAACAUAAUGGAAGGUUUUGAAGAUGAGUUUAAAAAACUAUCACCUUAUGAAGUAGAAACAUUUAAUCAAAGAUACGAUUUUCAUUCAGUCAUGCACUACCCUUCGGAUUCAUUUUCAAUUUCUUGGCCUUUUGAGACAUUAAUACCUAGGCACGGAAUGCAAAAUAAGGUUCAAUUCAUGGGUGCACAAAUAAAACUCAGUGAUGGUGAUAUAGCAACCACAAAUCUUCUGUACAACUGCCCCAAAUGUGGUGAGACCUUCUAUAAACCGACUGGUUCUUUUAAUUUUUCAAUGAAUUCAACUCGUUCAUUGUUGAAAGCUAAACAUUGUGAAUGGAGAAUUAAAGCUGCUCAAGGUGAAAGAAUUGAACUUGUUAUCACAUCAUUGGGUAUUUACAAGACUCCUGAUUGUCAAGUCGAUUAUUUGGAAAUAAGAAAUGGUUACUCAUACAAUAACACCGUCUUAGCUCGUUACUGUGGGGAUGUUAAUAUAGCUAUUAUAACCGGCAGUAAUAUUUUGUCCGUGACAUAUGUAAAAAAGAGUGAAAGCAUCGCUUACAGUGGUUUCAUAGCAUAUUAUAAGACUAUUUGCGGUGGAACUGUUAAUAUUGAAACAAACACUCCUUAUAAUAUAGAAUCAACAAACUAUCCAGAUGCGUAUCCACCCAAUCAAAGAUGCAGUUGGUAUUUUACUGCUCCAGACAAUCAUCUUAUAGCAUUAAAGGUUCACUUUUUUGAACUGGAAAUGAGUGACAAUUGUAUACGUGAUUUUCUUAUGACAAAAGAUGGUAAUGAAUACACUUCACCGAUUAUUCGAUUGGAAUGCGGUCCACAAGACUCUUGGCAAGUUAAUUCAACUGGUCCUGAAUUGUCAGUUAUAUUUUCCAGUGACAAGCUGGUUGAAUAUGCCGGAUUUUCAGCUACUUUAUAUGCAAUUCCUUUAAAUAAUUGAUCUACUAAUCUUUAUUUAUCAGGCACUCUCUCAAUUUGAACAGUAAAAUUUUACUGAUUGUACAUUAAAAACUGAUUUAUAGUGAAGUUUACGUCCUUAUAAAUAGAAGUUUCAUGCGUGCCAAAUAUAAAUAUAAAGCAUAUACAGUAAAUAGUUCAUUUUUAUGCCGUAAUACUAUACUUUAUUUGAAAAUCUUGAGUUCCAAACUAACAUAUUGUAAUGAUUAAAUUUAAUUUUCUAUUAGCUAUAAUACUAGGUACACAGAGAUAAUUUUUUAAUGAAAGUUACUCGCUAAUUUGGAGUAGUCCUGAGCCAUUCCAAAUUUUUAUAAGAAAUUGUUAUCUUUUAUUUUAAUUUCAAAUUCUAUUGUUGAAAUUGUUUGUAACUUGAAUGAAAUUUCGAAUCCCUUAAAGUAAUUUUUACUCUACCCUACUGGGUAAUAAUUCAGUAGUCUACGUUAACAUUCAGUUCAUCUCGGUUUCUAUCAAACAUAUGUUAUUUAGCUUCAUGCACAGAAACUUAUGCUUGGAAAAGAAAGAUCUUGCUUUCUUUCUCUAGCUCAGUAAUCACAAAUAGUAACUCCGGAAAAAAAGAAUUGGCCUAAUUAUUUAUAAUAAUGUAUGAUUAUAUAUGACGUAUAAAAUUU